AUGGAAGUUCAACCUACUGCUUUGCCCAUCAUGCCCGUAUCCACUUCUUCCUCUUCUACCACAGCAGCAAUGCCCCUCUCGCCGCAAAAGAGUGCUCCUACAACAACAUCCAAGGCAACAACUGCUUCACUACCUACUACUACUUCUCCAUCAACCACGAAUGAUCCCUAUCCAACCUGGACAUUCUUCCCCGACUCUGCGACCUAUACCCCUCCUGUCUACCCUACCACCAGCGUAGGAGCAGCCCCUAGUUCCCCUCGUACCAUUCCUUUGUCGCCUCCAAGAUCUCCCCGCUCCCCGCCUCCUCCUCAGACUUCCAAUGCUUCUGGGAACGGCAGGAAAGGACAGGCCUCUUCAUUAACAACAUCGGCUAGCACACCAUCUUCAACCACCGCAUCAUCGUCCACGCCCUCUACACACCAUCGAAUCCUUGACCAUUGCUUCCAUGUUUCGAUUGAGACCCGUCUACAGCAAGCCGAGGCCCAGUAUCAGGCAUCAAGACAGGAACUUGCCGUCGAGCAGCAAACCACGAACGGCGUGAAGCAGGAUGACUGGCGGAAGAGACAGAGAUCUCUUGUGGACGAGGCAGUUGUUCUUGGGCGCAAAGGAUCCAAUCUCGAAGCCAUUGUCGAUGGUAUCCUCAAGUCGCAUAGAUCCAAUGGCCCCCUGCAGACUCUCCCUCGACACAUCAAGAUCCGCCUCCAUCUCUGCCAACUCACCUCCAUGGUCUUUGGCCGCUUCGACGUCGCCUCUUCAACAAACUCGGCUGGACUCAACGUCUAUUCGGCCUUCCAUUCCCGGCGACACGGCGUUUCCCGCGCAGCAAUCAAGCAGCGGUUCGCAAAUAGCGAACGGGGUCAACAAAUGCAACCCCUUUUCAGCCAACCGAUCCUCGCCUCUUCCUACUGUCGCCGUCACCAUCGCAGGGACUGCAAGCGAACAUGCUGCACACUCGCCAAACUCCAGCAGGAACAGCAAUUGGCCCUUGAGUUGAAGAAGAAGCUGGCCAAUAGCUACUUUAUGAACACGGUCAGGAAACAGGAGCAUCAGCGUGUCGCAGGAUUGGUCGAUGCUAUCCCCGCCUUUCUCAAGUGCUCUGCCAUGAGCUACCGCGACAUUGUCAACAACUCUGAGGCUGAGCAUAAGAAGGACCAGGAAGCCAAAAACAACAAAGAGGCUGACUCCAAAGUCAAGGACGAGAACCUGGAACAGCAGGGGAAUGGAGAUGCAGAAAAGGAAAAGGUCAAGGUUCUGGAGGGCUGGUACAGGUUGCUGCUUGAGAUGAUGACUCAGGCUGUGCUCGAGUCUUACCUCUGCGACGAAAACACUGGAUUCGACACCAUUCUCGACGUCUUUUCAUUUGGAGACGAUCCUAACAAGGAGGAGGAAGAGGUGGCACUCAAGGACAUUGUUAUGGAGGACGUGACUGUCGCCUCGUCCCCCUCAUCCAGUGUUGGAGUCGAGGGCUUGCAGUUCCAGAAUCUCGGUGGAUUGGGAUCGACAACAUCUAUGCCCAAGAGCCACGGAUCACAACUGCACGAUGUCACGACCAAGGAUCGACAGGACGAUAUCUUGUUUGCCAAGACUCCCGAGUACUUUGCCUUCAAAAAAGCCAAAGACGAGCGCCUCCAUGAGUUCUUGACAUUGGAAGGAGACACAAUGGAGCACCACUUUGCAGAGCUGGCGGAAAAGUACCCCUUGAUCGUCUUUGAGCGCCAAAUGACUCACUUUAUCGCCCGCGCCCAAAAUUUACUGGUGGAUCCCAAGCUCUCUCAGAACUCGGACCAGAUGGGUCUCCUGAUCCCACCAACAACAUCUGCCUAUGCUGACGGAUCUCUGUCGAUGCCUGUGAGCGAGGACGAGGACGAGGACGACGAUGAGGAUACUGGCAGCCGACUGGAGGAGAUCACUGAGGAGAAUGAGGAUGACGCAAGCAGCGGUAGUUUACCGAUCAUUAAGAAGGAGAAGUUGGACACCAACGAGACUAUUGAUGAGCAGAAGCGUCGGCUGGAGCGAUCUUCGACACCGUUGGUGGCAGUGAAGCAGGAGGGCAGCAGCAACGAGAAUAACAGUAACGGCAGUAUGGCCAUGGAGCAGGAUGACGAUGACGAUGACAACUCGACGGCUGCUCGCGUGGUCCAAGUCUCCAAGAAGCACAAGCACCAGGUAGAGACCAGCGACCACUCCCAGGACGCUCAGACUGAUGCCAUAGCGGCUCAUCUUGCCAAGAAGGCGAAGGUGUCACCAUAG